AGGUUAAAAGACGUUACCAAACAAAACAAAAUAAUACUUUCUUAUUACGUUUAGCGCAAUAAAAUGGUUUCCGGUACUCAUUAAAGAAUAAUUAUGAAUAUUCUUUCAUUAACUUAAAUACAUUUGCAACUGAUAAGCUUUUUAAAUUUAGUUACAGUAACUAACUGGUUUUAAUUUAUAAAAUGGAUGAUGAAGUUGACUAUAGAGCUCUAAUCGAAAAACAUCGAGUUGAGACAAUUAAAUGCUUGGACCUUGAUCGGCAGUUUAUAUUCAGCUACUUGCGAAGUUACGCGGUUUUAGAUGAUGAAGAUUGUGAAAUAAUAUUAAAUGCUGGUCCAAGUCGUCAACAAAAAUCUUCUAAAUUUCUUGAUGUCUUGGCUAUGCGUGGUCCAACAGCUUUUCAAUAUUUUCUUCAAGCGCUAGAAAUCGAGCAUGGCCAUCUUUAUGAGAUAUUUACUGGAGAAAAAUCAACAAGAUCACGCUCUGUAUCUAAAAAUUCGGUGCCUUGGACAGUUUUAUCUGAAAAAGCCCUUCUAGAUCAUGAUAGAGACUACCUUCUUAAAGAAAUAACAAAACUUGAAGAGCAGAACCGAAGUCGUGCGUAUAUGUAUUCCAAAACUAUGACAGAAAAAGUAACUUUGGAAAACCAAUUAGAAGAUCUUAAAAAGGAGCUCAAAGAAAAGGAAAAAAAAAUUGAAAUAAUGGAAGAAGAAGCAAAAACUUCCAGUAAAUUAGUUGAAGAACCAUCGCAGUUUCAAGCUUUCCAUUUUACUGAAUUGAUAAAAGACAAUUCAGAAAAAGCAAACGCAAUAAUUGUGUUACAAUCACGUCUACUUUUAAUUACAGAAAGAAACGAGCGUCUUUCCAACCAAAAUGAACAAUUAUUAAAAAAAAAUGAGGAGUUGAUGUGUCAGAUACGUGAUCUUGCAAUAAAAUACGAUUUCAAAAGAAUGGAAUCAAAACGUUUAUCAAAACAAGUAAGUCAAAAUAGUGGUAGUAUAAAGGAAGCUUCUGAUUGCAAGAAAGAAAUCUAUUCACUAAAGUUCAAACUCAUUCAAGCCAACGAAAACACCGAUAUUGCUGAAAAGAAAGUAGAUGAAUUGCAGAAAAUAAUAUCGGAGCUAAAAAUGCAACAAAAGCUUGUUCAAACAGAAAGAUGUAAUGAAGUCAUUAUUAAAGGCCAGGUAUCGGCUAACUGUUUUCGCUAUGAAGAAGAAAUACAUGUUUUAAAACAAAAAAAUGAGGAGUUGAACAAUAAGAUACAAGCAUUAAAACAAAAAAUUAUUCGGCUUGAACAAGAAAUAGAAACGCACAAGGAAGAGAAAAUGUUCUACUUAAAUGAAAGACAACAAGCAGUAUGUGAUCGCGAUCUAAUGCAUGAAGAACUACUUGAGAUACGUAGACAUAACAAAGCGCUUCAAGAUAUGAAAGAAGAAACCAUGCAAAAGCAAAUUAAAAUGUCUUCUCAAUACGAAAAAAAAAACAACGAUCUUAAUUUUGAACUAGAUUGCAUCAGAGAAGAGUUAGCUUCCAAAAUAUCUGAACUAAACUUAUUAAAAUCUAACAAUAUACAUAAAAAGAAUACAUAUAACGAAAAAUGUGAUAAUGAAGUAAAUGAAUAUGAUUCGAAUAGAGAAGAACCUAUAAAUGAUUUGGAUGAGCAGAUUGUGAAUUUACAAAAAUCAUCAAGGGUUAUUUCACAACAUUUGCGUCAAUCUAUUAAUAUUUCAAACAUUGAACCUUCUUUUAAUCUUACUCUAUCUAAUCUUUGUAACCCGGAUGAAAUAUACACAAGAUUGCAGAAUCCAAUAUCUGUUGCUGCUCUAACGCUCACAAAAAUGAAUUUAAAACAUUAUUCAAGAAGUUAUAAAGAAAAUCAAAACUAUUACUUCAUGUGUCAAGAAGAUUCGGAUAGCUCAAGUAAACAAAAAGUAUCAAGAACGUAAAAUAAAAAAAAAAGGAAAAAAGAAAUUAAGAAAUCCAGAUAAUUAUAUUUAUUUACAAUGGAUAAUGUAUAAUAAUAAAAAUAAUAUAGUAAA